CUUGUCUUUAACUUUAUUUCUGUGCAUGGCUCAGCAGCAAGGAGGUGAGACAAAAACCCUGCCCGGACAGAGGCGUUUUUGUAAAUCUUCCAGGACCUUUUCACUUUCGCGGGAAAAACUGCCCCCAAUCCCUUUUGGAGAGUCUUUGGCGCGAGUCUUUGGCGGCGUGGCUCUCCUUUCUUUGCCUGGCUCCCAUUCCGGUUCCAACUCGCAAUGGUGCAGUUGCGUUCCUCCAGUGGCUACCCAGCCGCCAGCAUGGACCCUUUCCGUUUGCAGGGCGACUUUUCAGAAAAGAAGCAAUCUACAGCAUUCCGCAAUACAAAGCUGAUCCCUAUGGAAACCUCUUCAUCCUCUGAUGACAGCUGUGACAGUUUUGGCUCCGAUAAUUUUGCAAACACGAAAUCGAAUUUCAAGCCAGAAGUUACAGAAGAAAUGGCCGAAAUCUUCAAAGAGGAUUCAGAUGAUGAAUCGUUUUGUGGAUUUUCAGAAAGUGAGAUUCAGGAUGCAUUGAAACUGGAUACCGAUUCUGAAGGAAAUGAUGAGAGUGUUGAAGAUGAAAAUCGACAUAAGAGACCACAGAAUUGCCCUGUCCCUCUUAAAGUUGCUAUGAAGUUUUCACCUCGGAGGUCUAAGAGGGGGAAGGCCCCUGCUCCUAAACUACCCUGUGAACUGGACCUGGAUUCAGAUUCUGAUGAAGAAAGGGGCCCAAAAUUCUUAGAGAAAAGAGCUUUAAAUAUAAAGGAAAACAAGGCCAUGCUUGCAAGAUUAAUGGCAGAAUUGAAUGUCCCUGGAAUGUUUCCUGGGAAAGGUCUACUGGGAAAUCCUAUUUUGAAACCACGGAGGACUCCCAGGAAAUCAUUUCCCAAAAGUGCUUUACGGAAGAAUCCAGAGAGAAGUUCUAGGCCUCAUACCAGAUCACGAUCCCUGAUUGAAGGUCCUCCAAGCCCCAUGUCAGAUAGGCAGGAGGAAGAUCCUUACGUUUUAGUGAGAAGGAGAACAUUUGAUGACUAUUCUGAGGAUGAAAUGGAUGUUCCCAGAAGAAAACGUCACAGCGCUAUGACUCUUCCCCAUGUUAUACGUCCAGUGGAAGAAAUAACCCAGGAAGAGUUAAAUAAUAUCUGUGAAACUGCCAGUGAUAAAGUGUACAACCGUGUAGUGGGGUCCACCUGUCAUCAGUGCCGUCAGAAAACUACAGACACCAAGACAAACUGUCGCAACCCAGAAUGUAUAGGAGUACGGGGUCAGUUUUGUGGGCCCUGUCUUCGCAACCGCUAUGGAGAGGAAGUCAAGACUGCUUUGCUGGAUCCGGACUGGUAUUGCCCGCCCUGCCGUGGAAUCUGCAACUGCAGCUUCUGUAGGCAGCGGGAAGGGCGAUGUGCGACAGGCGUGUUGGUUUAUUUGGCCAAGUAUCACGGUUAUGAUAACGUCCAUGCCUACCUGAAAAGUCUGAAGCAAGAACUUGAAAUGCAAGAAUGAAAUUACUGGCAGUGAUCCGCAAUCAACAUACACCAGUUUAGCAUUCUCAUUGAAGUUUUUCAAUGUUUAAAAAUUUUGUAUUUUUAUUUGUACAAAAUUGUCAGCAUCUUUAAAGAGGGAAACAAAAGUAAUUCACUCAAUUGUGUCAUUUGGUUGGCAUUAGAUAUUACAGGAUGUGAGUCUACUGUUUACAACUAGAAGUUGUUCAAGUUUCAUACUGUUAGGUCAUUAGUUCUCAACCUGUGGGUCCCCAGGUGUUUUGGCACAACUCACAGAAAUCACAGCCAGUUUACCAGCCGUUAGGAUUUCUGGGAGUUGAAGACCAAAACAUCUGGGGACCCACAAGUUGAAAACUACUGUGUUAUGUCAUUGGUUACAUUAUGUCGGCUACAUACUUGCUCAACUUACUUGGAUGGUAGUCACAGAAAGGCUCUGACUUUUGCAGGAGGAGAUGCUUGCUUACUAUUUGGUUCUGCUGGUUCUCACUGUGCCAGGACCUUGCAUUUUUGGAGGUAGUUGGAAAGGAGACUCAGGCACUGGAGGCUGCAUGGUUAAGAGUCUAUGGCUGAAAUCUUGGGACCUUAGAAAUAGCAUAAUUAGGCUGAGCCAUAUACCUUUGAAUGGUCUCUCUCUCUCUCUCCCCCCCCCCCCCCUUUCACCAUUUCCUGCUCUUUUUGUUUGUGGGCAGGCAAGAUUGCAAAAGCAUUUGGCUAUGUGUCCAUAGCCAGAUGCAUAAUGAUUAUAUCAGCGUUGAGACCUCUAGGGGACCUUGGUAGAUCUCAGCACUCAAGUCAUCAUUUUGUGAAUGUAUAGUCAGAUGGAUUUGAGAUUCUGCCGGCUCCCCAUGAAACAGGGAAUGGUGUUGAUCAUUGCAGUUCAAUUAGAGAUAGUUCAGGUUCAUCUGCCACAGUGUAGACUGGUCAUGAAGAACAUCUUAUUUCAGGAGUCGAGUGUCUAUGCUAUUUUAGAUGGCAUUUGUUGGUAUAAUGUGGGGCUUGCACUUCAAGCAUCAGUAACAGGUGGGAGACUGUUGCUCUUAAUUAUGCAGUUCAUGUUGAAAAAACUGACAUUGCACUUGCUUAAAAUCAAAACGCUUUUCAUUUAUAACAAGCAGUGCUUAAAGGAAGUGGAAAGAACAGUGUUAACGACGCACACAUUCAUGCCAGGAAAACUAGCUAUGUAGAAUAUUUUACUAGUGUACAAUAGAAUGCCUAGCUGUUUCUUUAACGUGAAGAGGUGUCUUCUAGCACAUUGUAUGUAGCUCAUUGUAAAUGAUACCCUAAACAAUAAUUGACAAUAGGGAUCUUUUCCUCCAUCAGACAGAACUGGGCAGAUGUUUAUUUUCAAAUGGUAUAUUUUGUUUGUGUGAAAAUAUUAAAAAUGGGAUAUGGGCAGCUUGUGACUCUCCAGGAGAUAUGGGAUUGUAAUUCCCAAUCAGCACUAGGCCACACAGCCAAUUGUAAGGGAUGCUGGAAAUUGUAGUCUAGCAAUGCCUGGAGAACCUAACUCCAGAUCUAAAGCUGUCUUGACUAUUUCUAUAAGUAAAUCUUAUGGUUAAACAUGUUAAUUUGGAUUUUGUGCAGUUUUAUUUUAACCAUAGGAAAAGCCUCUGGCCGGAGUCAUGUACUGUCUUGAAGUAGUUUCAUAAGUACUGUAAAUAGGUUCUGUGAUCUAUGAAACGUGACAAUAAAAUGCUGCUUAGAAGUGA